AUGUCGCCAGAAGCUCUGAUCCUAUUGGAGGAGGAUACCGGUUUGUCUGUUUACCGAGUACCAUCAGCUCGUGCCUGUUAUGUAUCUAAGCUGGAUUCAUCUUUUCCAGAGCCAGGGAAGAUGAGGGUCAACAUGGAACAGGCCUCGAUGCAGCCCCGCUCACCUCGUCAUGUGACAACCAAGAAAAGGGCUUGGAGAGUGGGGGGUUUUGCGAAGCGAUCAGCUUUGCCUCAGAAGUUUCUGGAUUUCUGUGGCAGUUUUCCAAUCUAUACCAUUGAACGAACGUCGAUGGAUUUUAAUGUGAGCUCGCUUAGUGAGGUGGAUUAA